GACAUGAGUGGGGACGCUCAACAAAGACGAAGCAUGAAGACCACAUGUCUGCAGGCUGCUGCUGUGCUGCUGUCACUCAUCUCUCUGGUUGCCAGUGCUGAUUCAGAGAACUUGAGGGAGAGCUCAAAAGCCAAGGUGAAGACUUACUGGACUGAAAGCAGCAAGGCCUUCUCCAUCAGCCGCCUGCUGUCCCAGACCCUCUACGACAAGGAGAACUUCACCUCACUGGAUCUGAAUUACGACGAUGCAGAGCUCUAUUCUAAACGAGAACAGUGGAACUGGCUUUACAACACUUCAAACCAACGUGAUCCUCGAUCCAGGACGAAGCGGCGACCUAUCGUGAAGACGGGGAAGUUCAAGAAGAUGUUCGGCUGGGGGGACUUCCACUCCAACAUCAAGACGGUGAAGCUGAAUCUCCUCAUCACUGGGAAAAUCGUGGAUCACGGCAACGGCACGUUCAGCGUCUACUUCCGCCACAACUCCACCGGCCAGGGCAACGUCUCUGUGGGGCUGGUGCCACCGACGAAAGCCGUGGAGUUCCAGGUCCACCCGCCGCACCAGCAGUUCCACCACCAUCACCACCAGCAGCAGCAGACGGCCCUGGAGACGAAGGACACCAAGCUCUUCAACUGCAGAGUGGAGUACGAGAAGGUGGAGAAGGGCACCAGGAACUCGCUGUGUGCCCACGACCCCUCGCAGAGCUGCCCGCAGGAGCAGACGCAGAGCCACGUGUCCUGGCUGUGCUCCAAGCCCUUCAAAGUCAUCUGCAUCUUCAUCACCUUCUACAGCACCGACUACAAGCUGGUGCAGAAGGUUUGUCCUGACUACAACUACCACAGCGACACCCCCUACCUCCCCACCGGCUGA